AUGGCGAGAGCCAAGGUCGUGCUGCCGGCCACUCCAACCCACAAGGACAGCUGGUGGCGCUUCUCCGCUGUGCACACGGCCACCUGGGACAGCCCAGCCCUCGGCCCCGGCUCCGUGGACACAGGAUCCCGGCUUCCGGUGGGCACUUCGCCUGCCUUCCUGGUCCCCGUGUCUCUGUGGGCUGAGCCUGGCGGCCUCCUGACCCAGGGCUAUGCCCUGCAGUGGCUGAGACCGCCGCUGUGCCCCGGGGAGGCGGGGCUUGGCCCCUGCUCUGGGCAGCCCUUCCUGGUCCCCGGGCUCCUGCCCUACGCCCAGGCAUGCGUGCUGCACUGUGGGCCGGGCGUGCCACCUCCUGGGGACCUCCCCGCUCAGGGCGGGCUGACCCACCUGCUGGACGGCUCCUAUGGCCACUUCACGGUGAUCACGCUCACGCUGCUGAGCGCUAAGAAAACAGUUCUGGUCGUAUUAAACCUCUCGGAAAAGAGAUACGACCUCACGAAGCUGAACCCAAAGAUCCUGGACGUGGGCUGGCCGGAGCUGCACGCACCCCCCCUGGACAAGGUGUGCACCAUCUGCAAGGCGCAGGAGUCGUGGCUGCACAGCGACCCGCAGCACGUGGUCGUCAUCCACUGCAGGGGUGGAAAGGGACGCAUCGGCGUGGUCAUAUCAUCCUACAUGCACUUCACCAACGUCUCGGCCAGGCCGGCCGCGCGCAGCCCCAGCAUGGAGGACGGCCGCGAGCUGGAGCUUACCUAUGUCACCGAGCGCAUCAUCGCAGUGUCCUUCCCCGCGGGCUGCUCGGAGGAGUCCUACCUGCACAGCCUGCAGGAGGUGACGCGCAUGCUGAGGUCCAAGCACGGGGACAACUACCUGAUCAUGAGCUGGCACAGUGACCUACCUUCUCGUCUGUCCCAAAGCAAUGUUGGCCCAGAAAACCCCAGUCGGAUCUGCAUCGCCAUCGAGCCGGCCCAGCUCCUGAAAGGGGACGUCAUGGUGAAGUGCUACCACAAGAAGUACCGCUCGGCCACACGCGACGUCAUUUUCCGCCUGCAGUUUCACACGGGGGCCGUCCAGGGCUACGGGCUAGUGUUUGGGAAGGAAGAUUUGGACAGCGCCAGCAAAGGCUCUGGCUUGGCUGCACUGACGCCUGUGUCCUCCCCUCACCCCCCUGCAGGGUGUGAACACUUGUGCAACGACCCCGGGGUGAGUGUGGACUUCAACACCGCAGACCCGCUGAUCCGCUGGGACUCCUACGAGAACCUCGGUGCAGAUGGCGAAGUGCUACACACGCAGGGCCCCGUGGACGGCAGUCUUUACGCCAAGGUCCGGAAGAAAAGCACCUCGGAUCCCGGCAUCCCAGGGGGCACCCCCAGCAUCCCCGCCCCCGUGAGCCCGGACCACGGCGACCAUACCCUGUCCGUCAGCAGCGACUCAGGCCACUCCACUGCCUCGGUGAGGACAGACAGGACUGAGGAGCACCUGGCCGUGGGACCCAAGAGGGGCCUGAGCCCCCAGGAGAAGGCCGAGUUGGACCAGCUGCUCAGUGGCUUUGGCCUAGAAGAUUCCGGAAGCCCCCUCAAGGAUAUGACUGAUGUUCGCAGCAAGUUCAGUGGGACACGCCACGUCGUGCCAGCCCAGGUCCACGUGAACGGGGACGCCACGCCCAAGGACCGGGAGACGGACAUCCUGGACGACGAGGUGCCCAGCCACGACCUGCACAGCGUGGACAGCAUCGGGACCCUGUCCUCGUCGGAGGGCCACCCGUCGGCCCCGCUGGGCCCCUUCGCCUGCCACCAGAGCAGUCACAACUCCCUGCUGUCCGACGGCUUUGGGAGCAGCGCCGGCGAGGACCGGCACGGCGCCCUCUCCCCCGACCUGGGCCUGGGGGUGGAGCCGCUGUUCGGGCGGGAGCGGGCUUUCGGGACCCGCGAGCCCAAGCCGCCGCCGCCCGUGCUGGGGGCGCCCUGCGUGUCCGCCCAGACGCCGGCCUUCGAGCAGAGCAGCUACUCCACGCAGACGUGGGUGCGCCAGCAGCAGAUGGUGGCUGCCCACCAGUACAGCUUCGCCGCCGACGGGGAGGCCCGGCUCGUGGGCCGCAGCCCGGGAGACAGUCCCCGGCUGGCGCAGGCCCCGCCCAGGACCCCGGUCACCCCCACCCGAGGGGCCAGCAGCAGGGUGGCCGCCCAGAGGGGCAUAGGCCCCGGGCCACAUCCCAGCGACACACAACGGCCGCCUCCCGGCAAAGCCUUCAAAGCCAGGUUUCCCGAUGUCAGAGUGGUGAACGGAACGGGCCCGGAGCCCAGCGCAGACCCCUCCCCCGGCUCGCCCACCCUGGACAUCGACCAGUCCAUCGAGCAGCUCAACAGGCUGAUCCUGGAGCUGGACCCCACCUUCGAGCCCCUCCCCACCCACCUGAGCACGCUGGGCAGCCAGGCCAGCGGCCCCGCGGCCCCGGACAGCGUGGGAGGUGGGCUCCGGGCGAGCGGCCGCCUACAGGACAGAGGAGAGGACCCCGGCAGGGCGCCCCCACGGCAAGGGUCCUCAGACGACGAGCCGCUGGGCAGAAGGUUCCGGAAGCUGAGCCUUGGGCAGUAUGACAACCAUGCUGCGGGGCAGCCGGCCUUCUCCAAAUGUGGGUGGGGGAAGACCGCCGGCGCCGAGCAGGCCCCGAGCCUCGCAGCUCUCCUCUCUCCGGCAGAUGCCAAAGAGAUGGUGAUUGCCGUGUACCCCUCAGACCUCGACAGGGUUGAUGGCAGGAUGUUCUCUCCAACCAAGAGCGGCAGUGAGUCCUUGUUGCCCACGCCAGCGUUCCCCGUGUCUCCACAAACACCGUAUGUGACAACGUCCCCACACUACCCUCCGUUCAGCCCGCCUGAGCCGCAGAUGGGCGGCGCCAGCGGUCUGUACAAAGCAGCUCAUGAUGGGAGCAAGCAAAGGGACGUGGCCUCCAUCUGCGCCCCCACCCCCGCCCAGCCGGCCAUGAAUGAGGGUCCCCUGAACAGCCCCCGCUCCGCCGAGCACCAGUGGGUGGACACUAGCCCCAAAGCCACGCGGGCUCUGCUGGGGCGCAGCCCACCCCCAGGAAGCCUCCUCAGCGCCAGCGAGUUCCCGGGCCCCGGCAAGGACGGCCCCGGCCCCGGGCGGCCACAUCUCCCGGCGGCCGAGCUGCCGGCCUCUUUCCACAGCCGUGAGCUGUCCCUGGUGGAAGCAGCGGAAGCCCUAGGCCCCCCGAGCAGCCAGGCCUUCCUGGGCCUGUCCCCCAGGGAGGAUCCCGGGGCCCUGCUGGCCAAUUCCCACGGAGUGUCCCAGCCCCCCGGCGCCCCGCGGACAGCAGCAGCAGCUGCCGACAAUGGCUUCCUGCCCCACAGCUUUCUCACGGUGGCGCCUGGACACGGCGGCCACCACAGUCCCGUCCUGCAGGGACAGGGCCUGCCUCUGCCCGGGCAGCCGCCCCUCCCNGCCCACGCACUCAGUGGCCACAGGGGCCUGCAGGUCACACGGGCCUCCUCCAGGGCAGCUCCUGACCACCCUGGCAUCUCCAGAGAGCUAGCCAUCGCCAUGCUGAAGGACAAGGAGCCGGGCUCCUUCAUCGUCAGGGACAGCCACUCCUUCCGAGGCGCCUACGGCCUGGCCAUGAAGGUGGCCACCCCCCCGCCUUCUGUCCUGCAGCUGAACAAGAAAGGUAGGACCCCGGGGCUGACGUGCGCGUCCCCUGUGCAUAAUCCAGGCGAUAAGCAUGUGAGCUUUGUGCAGGACACCUCCAAGUUCUGGUACAAGGCGGACAUCUCCAGAGAGCAAGGGGACCGCAGUGGGAGGGGCCCCCCUCUCCCUCAAUUGGCCUUUGUGGCUGUGCCCGGCACCAUGACCCGGGCUCCACGCCUGUCCCCUCCCUGCUCUGGUCGCAAGAACCCCCAUGACUGUGGCCCCCAGCUCCAGCACCUGGGCACCUCGUCCAGCCAGACAGACUCUGAGAAGUGCUGGUCGAGCACUGAUGUGCCUUUUGCUAUAAAAGCUGCGGUGAAGUUUCUGGAAGACACGGGAGGGAGACUCUGGGAGCCUCUCCGGGAGCAUGAUCGCCCCGUGUUCCUGUGGGAAGAUUUAUUCCUCGGGAUGCUUCCAGGCGAACAUAAAAGGUCUCCGGGUGAAAAGGGCUACGUGGAAUUGUCCCCUGCAGCCGCCCCAGCCUGUCCGCUGGCCCCGAGAGCGCCGGUGGCCUGCCCUCCACGCGGCAGCGCGCGCGGGGCGCGGCUCCUGCGGGACGGGACGCCCACGGGCUCUUCCUGGAACCUCAGCGCGCACUGGCUCAUUUUCUUUUGCAAAGAACAAGAGUCGAGCAUUGUCCCCACGCUGCCUUCCAUGGGGACGGGGAGGCCGUCUAGCGCCCAGGCGGCCCUGACGUCUCGGGAUGCAGCCUGGGGCCCGAAGGAGCUGGAGCUGACCGGCCUCCCUGGGCUUGGGGCCAAAGGGAGCCUGACGGCCCUGGUGUGUCAGCAUUCUAUCACGGCCUUGGCCCUGCCCUGCAAGCUGCUCAUUCCAGACAGAGACCCGCUGGAGGAAAUAGCAGAAAGCUCGCCCCAGACGGCCGCCAACUCCGCUGCUGAGCUGCUGAAGCAGGGGGCAGCCUGCAACGUGUGGUACCUCAACUCCGUGGACAUGGAGUCCCUCACAGGCCACCAAGCCAUCCAGAAGGCUCUGAGCAUCACCCUGGUCCAGCAGCCACCACCCCUGUGCACCGUGGUUCACUUCAAGGUGUCGGCCCAGGGCGUCACCCUGACGGACAAUCAGAGGAAGCUCUUCUUCCGGAGGCACUACCCCGUGAGCAGCGUCAUCUUCUGUGCGUUGGACCCUCAGGACCGCAAGUGGAUGGCGGACGGCCUUUGCUCCAGAGUCUUCGGGUUUGUGGCCCGGAAGCAGGGCAGUGCCACAGACAACGUGUGCCACCUGUUUGCAGAGCACGACCCCGAGCAACCCGCCAGUGCCAUUGUCAACUUCGUGUCCAAGGUCAUGAUCGGAUCCCCUAAGAAGAUCUGAGCCCCUCACAGCCAGAGGUGGCAGAGGGGCUGGGGCGGCCCCACUGUGUCACCGACUGUGGCCCUGACAUUCCUGUCCCAGGGGAAGGGGCCCCUCCCACCCCAUCCCCAAAAGCAAGCAGCUCAGCACCCUUCCCCAGAGGAGCCGCGCCCACACUUCUGCACCCCAGCGCUUUCCGGGCACCUGGUCGCCCCCUUGGGCUGCCCGCCGGAAAGGACCGUGCGAGCAGACAUGGGAUCCCAUGCUCUUGCGUGCUGGCUUCUGGGAAGGGAGGACGCCCAGCCCUCUCUGUCGUGGCCUCUGUCCUCCCACAGCAGUGAUGCCAUUAACCUGAGGGGACGCCUGUGUGAUGAAGGCUCGUGCAGGGCAGGCCCUUCUGGAACACUGGGGCACAAGCGAGGGGACGGCGCGAUGGGCUGUGAGGACGAGGUGUCCCCCUGGGUCAGAAAGCCCCACCCCGGCCUGGUGAUGGCCUCAGCGCCACCCCCACUUGGAGUCUGAAAGGGGCGCUGGAACGCGAGAGAAUUGGAGAAGACGGAAGUCAGAUGUCAUUUCCACAGAAUUUCUGUUUUACUUUUGCCAAAUUAUUUAUGGUCACGAUUUGCCACUGCUGCCCAUGCUGGUGUGCCAGUGCCAUGUCCCGCCGGUGUCGGGGGCACCAGGACCGAGGGCGGCACUGCGGACCAGCUCCCGCGCGAGCUGUCAACAGAGUGUGACUUUGCCUCCAGCGGCCUGACCAGCGCUUGGCCGCUGGUCUGUCGUUUCCAGGCUGCCGGUGACAUCCUUCCUGGGGAGGAAGGUUCUGGAAGGGUGGGGCAUGCUUAGGUUUGGAAGCUCCCUCCUCCUGGUCCAGGCUUGUGGGCUCCUGAGUGAGGGGAGCAGAGGAAGUGAGGGCCUCACAGGGCGCUUGUCUGCCCGGCCUCAGGCAGGUGUCAGGAGCUGUUUAUGCUGAUGUGAUCGCCGGUGCCAAGGCCCGUCGCUCGGUCCGUCCGUGGCCACAGGCUUGGGAGAGCUGAUGGCCCUGCACGUCCCAUCGACUUAAGUCACCGUCUCUUUCCGCGGGCCCCAGGCAUCACCAUGACGGUCACCAGACCAGGGUUUGAAAGUGCGCUUUGUGGACGCUCUGUUGUGUCAGAGACACAGCCGGAGCAGGGUUGGCACCUCAGGUGGCGAUGGGCGUUGUGCGUGUGAAAGCAGUUGGUCGGCCGCGUUCAGCUCCUAGCCAUGCGCCAAAUGCAGGCGCCUGAUUUCUGUGCCAAGCAUACACCUGGUCACCGGCCUUUCCUGCCACAUGGUGUGUGGCGAAGAGACUGCUGGCACCUCCCAGGCCCGAGGUCCUGGUCCCUGUGGGAGUCGAAGGUGUCCCCGGGCGGCGCCUCACCCUGAGAUGGCUGACACUACGGGUGACCCAAAAGCCGCAGGCCAGACCCCUUACUUUCUGACGAAGGAAGGGGGGAAGCGAGAGGGUGGGAUGGGGAGCUCAGGUGUGGGGACAUCAGGGCCUCCCGCCCGCUCCCAGCACUUGAGGCACCGCACUGACUGGCCCGCUGCAACCUGUCCUCUCGGGGCUCAGGGCAUCAGAUUUGCUCCAGGCAGAUGGUUCCCUUGGGGGGACCGGGAAGCCAGCCCCCAGGGCCCGAGGAGCUGCUACGACAGCCCCUCGUCUAUGUUACAUGUUACACAUGCCAUGUGCAUUGCCUGGAACAAGACCACAUGACCUUGGUGCUCACAAGAGCUGCACCCCCAGUGCCAUGGCCAGGGUCCCACUGACCCCUCGCUAACCACACACUGAGCUCCUCCAGUGUUAACCUGUAACCAUUUAAGCCACACCCGUCACAGUCCCCCAUGUCCCCUCAGCACCGGAGACCUUGCCGUGUCUCCUUGGCCUUAACCAGUAGCGGAGUUCUUACUUUUCUAUAUUGUAAAGGAUAUAUCCAGUUUGUAAAUGAAUGUUCUAUAAACCCUUUGUAUAGGCAUUUUGUCUGUCCAUUAAAUAUCAUCUCUAUCAGAGUAUAAUAAAAUAUUAACCAUGGUG